GCUUGGCAGUAAUGGUCUGCUCGACUUCCGAACUCACUGGGCUCGUGUCUCCUUCUCUUUAUUUCGUAUACUGCGGUUUGAUCCGCGAGGAGCAAAACCAAGCGCAUAUGGAAGUCUUGCGGCCCAAGUAUUCGAACAAAAUAUGGCUGAUAUAUGUCAUGGUGCUAACAUAUGCAAUGCCUGUCCUGGCAUGAGGAAACAGAAGCACGGCCGGACAGGCUGAGGAGGCAGCCGCAUUGUGAAACUUAAAGGAAGGAGCACAAAACCUUUGCACAAAAAACGCUUGCUUCCCGAAUUGUCUUAUUGGCCUUCCUUCCUGCUUUCUCUGUGCCCACUAAUAUCCCCCGAGUGUUGCAUGUCAGCUUCACCAUAGCGACUUAGACAGUUAUUUGGGAGCGUUGAGGACCUCCAAUUGGGACCAACAAAGGGAGCCAAAAUGUCUAUGUACGUCAGAGUGAAACACAAAAAGGUGACCUACUUUUUACACGUUGAGCCUUCUGACUCAAUCCUGGAAGUCAAGGAGAAGCUCCAGGCACUCAGCGAGCAGCCGGUGGAUCAGCAACGACUGACUCUGGUCUCGACGGGGCAAGUUUUGGAAGAUGGAAAGACGCUCGCUGAGCAGAAAGUAGAAAAUGAUGCUGUCGUAGCCCUCCAAUAUAAACUUCCAGAUUCAGACCAAUACGAGGAAAUCGAUAUUCAAAAACAUGACAUAGACGAUACAGCAGAACCACACUCUUAGUUCAAGCAGAAAGUAGUCCUUCAAACAGGAUAAUUGUACAUAAGAACGCAUACUAUUUCAAAGCAGUUUAUUUGGCGAUUAUGAAUGUGCCCUCCUCUGUGGAUGAGAGUGUGCAAAGGGCCGGCAACUGCAAUCGUUGAUGGGGUCCUCAUUGUCGAUUGACUAAAAGGAAACCGGCAUCAACUAACAGGAAAGGUAUAAAAUAGGCUGUAUGCAUACAGUGCGCAGGUGUGUUUCUGAAGGGACCCGAUCAUGUCAGGCCAGCUGCUAUGUUAAGUUCGAAGUUUAGAAGAUUGGAACUUUGAUGCAUGAUGUCUUCAUGUGGAGUCACUUGACCAGCAGAAUAGUGACAAAGGCAGGCAGCCCGAAGAUCCCGUCGCGUUAUAAUCUAG